CAGGAAGCACAGUCUCUCCCCUCCAGCCUUUCGCCAGCUGCCAUGGCUGCUGCAGGGGGACCAGGUGCCCGGCGGGGCCCUUUUGCCCUGGGCGCAGCCGCUCGGCGCUCGCUGGACAAGGCCCUGCAGGGGCUGGAGAAGUUGCAGCGGCUGGUGGAGCAGCCGGGGUUGGGGCUGAGGAACAGCCCCCCCAGCCUGCUCCAGCUCCUGCCCCAGAUGCGCCAGCACCUGCUGCUGAUUCGGGGCCAGCCCGGGGCCAGCCUGAGCCACCUCUGGGAGGCCGGCUACUUCCCUGUCUACAUCAACAACCUGCAGCGCAAGGUCAAGCAGGCCACCAAGCUCUUCAAGGGAGACCCGGAUGGCAUUUUCCAGGAGGGGUCGGCCUCCAGGAGGAAGCUGACCAAGCUCUCGCUGAUCUUCAGCCACGUGCUGGGGGAGCUCCGAGCCCUGAUCCCCGACGGGCAGGACCAGGGGCACCAGUACCGGCCCAGCCAGCCGCCCGCCGAGGCCUUCUGGAGAGGGACAUGGGGGGCACGGAGCCUGGUGUCAUGGAGCGAGUUCCAGGUGGGGCUGCAGCGGGUUCAUCCCGUGGCGCCCGGCCCCAUGGCCGCGGCCCUGAGAGCCACCAUGGACCUGACCUGCAGCGACCACGUGUCCAUCUUCGAGUUCGACAUCUUCACCCGCCUCUUCCAGCCCUGGCCCACGCUGCUGAAGAACUGGACGCACCUGGCAGUGACGCACCCGGGCUACGUGGCCUUCCUGACCUACGACGAAGUGAGGGCGCGGCUGCAAACCUAUUCCAACAAGCCGGGCAGCUACGUGUUUCGGCUCAGUUGCACGCGGCUGGGGCAGUGGGCCAUCGGCUACGUGAGCCGGGACGGCAGCAUCCUGCAGACCAUCCCCCAGGACAGACCUCUCUUCCAGGCGCUGAUCGAGGGGCACAAGGAGGGCUUUUACCUGUAUCCGGAUGGGAAGAACGUGAAUCCGGACCUGACAGAGCUGACAGAACCGACGCCUCAGAACCGGAUCGAGGUCUCACCGGACCAAGCCCAGCUCUACUCCCAGAUGGGAUCCACUUUCCAGCUCUGUAAAAUCUGCGCCGAGAACGACAAGGACGUUCGGCUCCAGCCAUGCGGGCACCUGCUGUGCAGGGACUGCCUGAACGCCUGGCAGGAAGUGCAGGCCCCGACCUGCCCCUUCUGCCGCCGGGAGAUCCAGGGGCACGAGGUGAUUUGCAUCGACUCCGUCGGCGGGCAGGGGGCUGGGGCGGCUCCGGACGAGGACGACGACGACCUGGAGGACGUGGAGUCGGUGCUGCAGGAGCUGGCGGCUCUGAGGAAGGGCAUCCUGCGUUCCCCCCUUGCCCGGACCCUGAGCUGCGUGGUCCCCCCGUACCUCCCCGGCUGGACCUGCUCCAGCUCAGGGACCCAGACCCCACACCCCAGGACCUCCCACUGCCCCCUUUGGGCCACCCCAGCCAGAACCCCAGUGACUGGAUCUGGCAUCUGCCGCUGCCCCCGCGUCCCAGGCCCCGUAGGCCCCGUGCCCCGCCCCUGUCCCAGGGGCCUGAGGAGCCCAGCUGAUGGGGGGGCAGAUGAGGGGUUGACAGCGCUGGAGACACACUCUACCUUCAACCCCACCGACCCAGGGGACCAGAGAACUGGGGGACCAGAGAACCCAGGAGUCCGGGUGGCUGCAGCUCAGCACCCCCACAGCACAGCCCGGGAGUAUGAGGGGAAACCUCUGAGGGGUGCGAUGCCAGCUGCGGCCACCAGGUGUCACCAGCACCCCAUGGUAGACCAGCUGUGGGCCAAGGACAGCAAAGAUGGGCAGGUAAAACGGAACCCAGGAGUCCUGAUGCUCUUUUUCCAGCUGCGCCCGCUGCUCCAAGCCGGUUGUGCUGAUGCGGCGCUAACCGGCAGCUAA